GAAGAGGAGGGUGUCCGUGCUGCGUCGUCGGAAUCCGGCCCGGCGAUGCUCAGUUGGUUGAGUGAGCUCGGUCAGUGUUGAGGCGUAUUUCUCUGGUGCUGCUGCUGCUGCUCUUGGGAAGUUCCAGGACUUCGUGCGUGCAGCCGUGUGCAUAUAUACACACAAACACACGAGUAAAAGAGAGCGAGAUAGUAAAAGAGGAGGAAGAGGAUCGUCAGUGUUAUUAAAGUGCGAAACUGUUGUUAACAUUUCUUCCCUAAACGAAGCAGCAGGCAUGGCGGAGAGUAGAAGUUCUUUGCUGGCCAAGUCCGUGCAGAAGCACGCAGGAAGAGCGAAAGAAAAGAUCCUGCAAAAUCUUGGUAAAGUCGAUCGCACCGCUGACGAUAUCUUCGAUGACCACCUGCUGAAUUUCAACAAGCAGCAGAACAAUGCCAAUCGUCUGCAGAAGGAGUUUAACAAUUACAUAAGAUGCGUGCGAGCCGCCCAGCUCGCCUCCAAGCAAUUCAUGGAGGCCGUCAGCGAGGUGUACGAGACCGGUUGGAGCGGACACGACCUCCUCUACGUGCAGACGCAAUCCGUCGAUAUGCUCUAUCAAGACUUUUGUCACAAGCUCGGCGAGCAGGUCCUCAUUCCGCUCAACACCUACCAGAACCAAUUCCCAGAAAUGAAAAAAAAAAUUGAGAAGCGCGGAAGGAAACUGGUGGACUACGAUGGACAGAGGCACAACUACCAGACGCUGCAAUCGGGAAUGGCGAAGAAGAAGGAUGAGACGAAGCUGUCGAAGGGUAGGGAACAGCUGGAGGAGGCGAAGCGAACGUACGAGGUGCUCAAUUCGGAGCUGCACGACGAGAUUCCCGCACUCUACGACUCGAGGAUACUCUUCCUGGUUACCAAUCUGCAGACGCUCUUCAACACCGAACAGAUCUUCCACGCCGAAACCGCAAAGGUGUACAGCGAGCUGGAGGCGAUCGUCGACAAACUGGCGACCGACAGCCAACGCGCCUCUUACUCCCUGAAAAAAACCAACGGCUCUAGCCUCCCCAGGAAACCCCCGACCGCCCACAGCAACGACAUCGUCAACGCCACCUCCACCAUCACCAUGAACAGCAUUUCGCCAAUCAAGAACAACUCUCUGCCCGAGGGAAGCACGAACUCGAGCGGCUCGACGACGCCCACCGCCCUAGCUACCACACCCACAAAACCGCAUACACCUCCCCCGCAGGUAACUACGCCCAAAGAGCUGUUCCCGCCCCAAACGGACGCAACUUCCGCCGGCAGCGGGGACGAGCAGCACUCGGGCAGCUCUUCCCCGUCGACACCCGAACCUCCGCUUGCUCCGGCCACGCUCAAGGUCAGUCCGCCGAUGGAGACGACCGUCCCCAAACCGGAAACGCAUCCUCCGCGUCCCGAUCCACCGAAACCGGAAGUCAACGGUAACUCGAUCACGACGACGUCUCUGACGACAUCGACGAACAGCACCACAACCACCACCAGCACCACCGCCGCUGCAACAACAACGACGACGCAAGUUCCGCCCUCAACCGUCACCAAUGACAACGUCGUCAACGUCAACAAAGUGACGACGGAGAACGCGAACAAGGUCAGGAAUGUCGAAGAACUUUACGAUAUUCCAGUCGGUGCAAGCACCGAAAAUCUUCCACACGGUGUCCUCUAUCGGGUGAAAUCCACCUACAAGUACACCAGAGAGGACGUUGACGAACUUUCCUUCGACGUCGGCGAAAUCAUCCGAGUCAUAGAGUACGACGAUCCCGAAGAACAGGAGGAAGGUUGGCUCAUGGGGCUGAAGGAGACGACGGGCGAACGAGGAAUGUUCCCGGCCAACUUUACGAAACCACUGUAAAUUAAACAAAGAAACAAAGAUGACGAAAACCAAUCAACAACAACAACAACUCGAUCAUCUUCAUCAUCCAAAGAGAGAGAAUCAAUCCAUCCACGAUCAGCAGUGUGCGUGUGUAUUUUACCUCUACACGUAUCUCUCUCGUAUACACGCACUCACAUAAAUAUACAUAUAUAUGUAUGUAUGUGUGCAUAUGCAUAAAUAAUUCGAGUAUUUUCAGCGAUGACAAACGUCAUCGACGUUUACGAAGCACUGCAUAUUAUUUUACUCAUUUGUUUAUUAACACGUAUAGUAGAAAUAAGAUGAUACGAAGAGGAUGGAUGAGGGCGUGGCGUGUAAAGAGAGUGAGAGAGAGAGAGUGAGCGUGACAUGAAACAAACGAAACCGCCCCCGUCCUCCCCUUUUCCUCUCCAACCAAGAGUCAUAUAAACAAAGUGCCUUAAGAAAACAAAACAAAAACGUAGAAGAGGAAAGUUACAUGAUUAACGAAAUUUGUUGUUUCUUCAGCUGUUCUUCCAUUCUUUUGCAAUUGUAAAUAAUAUACAUAUAUAAAUAUAUAUAUAUAUUGAAUCGAAUGUGCCAAACAAAUCAAAUCAAAUAAGAAAGGAAAGAGUAAAUUGAGGACGUGUGGAGGACGAUAGUUUAAUCUUGACGACAAAAGCUCAAUCUGCAUUCAUACGCAUCGUUGUGUCAUUCUUUGUUUGUUUGUUACUAUAGCAAUGGAAAAAUCUCCAUCGUUUAGUUUUUGUUUUGAACGAACGCCGCCGCCGUUUUGUUUCUCUUUUUCAAUUAAUACACACACACACACACACUCACGUACACUUUCUUCUUGUAUCGAAUGAGAGCUAAAAGCAGUGGACCAUUAUCAAUCACUAGACGUAAUUCUUGUUUCGUUUGUUGUCCUGUAGGCAAUUUGUUUUGUUUCGCCGCCGCCGUCGUCGUCUUAUAUUUGAUCUUCUUCGUUGGUUUGUUUCUUAUAUAUACCACUUGAUAUGUCUACAUACAUAUAGUUCGCUCCAUAUUAAUAUUAUUGUUUUCUCUUUUAAAUAUAUAUAUUGCAUAUUUUAUCUUACGUUAUUUAUAUAUAAAUAUAUUAUAUGUGCAGUGAAUAUUUGCAUCUAUCGAUCGAACAUUGCAAUUCGAUUUUUUUUUAUCAUCAUCUUGUUUAGAAUUUAUUAUUAUAUCUUCUAUUAAU